UAUACAGUGAGUAAGCAGAUCUAGAUGUAAUGGUGGCAGUUAAAUAGGCGGGCCAAGAUUUCAUUUCCAUGGUUACGUAUUUUCCUAGCUCUCAACAGAAAAGUAGGACGCAGUAGGAGCUGAUUGUUUUCUGUCUCAACACAAGAUUAUCGUGGCAACAGAAGCGGACAUAAUGGCCAGUGGUGCGCAAAUGGAAAAAAAAGGUAUCACAGCUGUGGAUGACAGCAGUGCGCGUCCCAGUUCACAGAUUCCUGGAUUAGGACAUUGUAGUGAUACCCGUGAUGAGAAAAGGGCGCAUGGACGUCGAACAGGCGUGGUUGAGACUGAUUCAGAUUAUGUGAAACUGGCAAAACAAGGCGGGCAACAAGGUUUACUGCGGCAUGAGGCAUCAAAUUUACAAUCAAAACCAAAUUUGGAUUACACAGCUCCUGACUGGUUUUCGUUUGAGUCUAAUCCUCAAGAACAUCAAAGCACUCAAAAAAGAACAAUUCCUGAUUUUAUGACUUCUGAAGAAUUCCAGAGAAGUCCAACCAAAGGAUCCUUCCAACCCCUGGCUGCUCCCUUUGGCACUGAUAAUAAGACCACAUGGGAGCGGGAAGGUGACAACUUUACAGCUGAUAAAGAUAAGAACACCACAAUGAUGCAGCCUGUAAGCCAGAUGGAGAACCUGUCCUUAACUUCUGAAAAUCAUCACCAAGCAAGCAAGUUUAAGAAAACGUCUUCUCAAAAAAGUGAUAAACCUGUUAGCAUGCAGAAGUUGCUGAGUUUUGGCUAUGCAGAUGAUUGGCAUGUAGAGCACGAUAAGAAAAUCCUCAAAGAAAACCCAAAUGUAGAGGUAGAUCCACAGAGCUAGAACAAUACAUCCAACCAGAAACUGCUUUAGUCUGACAUGGAGACUGAUUGCAGACUGCUUUGCCUUUCCUCAACAAUACUUUAAUGAUCUUUUUAUUUAGAUUUUAAUUUAUUACAUUUGUAUUAUUUUUGUUGCUUCGUUUUAUUUGUGUGUUUGUUUGUUUGUUUGUUUGUAACAGUUUUAUGUUAUUCCAUAGUUACACUGACUGCUCUAUUUUACUUUAAGACACUGAUAUUUCGAUGGUAGGCUUUCUGCUUAUAUUCUUUUCCCCAGAAUAUGGGACACAAGCUGAGCAAAGCAUAUACAACGUUUAUGGAGAUACACCCUGCCACAUUGCCUUUUAACCCAUUUCUGAAGGGGACUGGCCUUAUUUGUUAAUGAAUUAAUCAUAGCGUGUUAGGAAUACAAUUUCAUCUUUUUCAUUAUAAUUUAAAGACGAAGUCCCUCAAAUUAUAUUAAAAAAUUUAACAUGUCUUUGUGUUCCUGUUGAAAUAUCACAUGCUAACUGCCCAUGUGUGAUUCCUUUUGUAGUGUUCACACAAGAGUGGUCAAAAGGUAAAUGAUGGCUGCCACCACUUUGAUAUUUGUUUCUAACUCAUUAAAACUAGAUAUUUAACAACUAUAAGAGAUGUAAAGAAUAAAAAGAGGACAAUUUUAAAAGCAAUUACCUAGGGGUAUGUAUUAAUUCCAUAACCAUCUGUAGGGAAUUGCCUAAAAAAAAAGAUAUCAGCACUCUGUAUAAUUUAAAUUAUAAAUAAACUAAUAAAUAAGACCAAAAUUAAAUCUAUGACCCAGGGGCAUUUACUUGAGUCGAUCUGGUAUUUUUAAUCAGUAAUGGGUUGGGUUGGGUUGGGUUGGGUUGGGGGUGUAGUGAUGGUGUCUUAGAAUAUUUUUCUCUAGACACUUUAGCUUAAAAUAACAAAACAAGUUGACCUAACAUGGAUUUAACAUACAAUAAAUACAUUAUAAAGAAGCAAGUCUGCACACUAGACUGUUAAUUCAUUAAAUAAUUCUCUGGCCUUUUCUGAAUAUCCACUUUACCUCCAGGAACACACAUUGUGGCCAAAAUUGCCAAGGGAACUAGGACAGUAAUGUGGGUUUAUUUUAAUAAAUGUCGGAAAGUAUGGCUUUGACGAGCUUAUCAUGUAUUUUAAUGGCAUGUCGGUCUCGUCAUCUAUAUAAGUAAAACAUAAAUUGCAAUUUUAAGUAGAAUGUCAUAGCUCCAAAUACUUUCUACAGAGAUCCAAGUAAUAUGUAUUCUUGACAAAAAGCUCCCAUCUUUCUCAGGAAUGGAGUUCCUUCUCGGUUUUGUUUGUUCUCCCCCAAAAAUAUGACAUCUUUUAUAGAAUUUAAUGUGGUAAUAGAAGCAUAAUCCAUUUAAGACCCUUUUUAGACUCUAGUCAUGAUCUGAUUAAAAUAAACAUAGACAUAAGUAUUUCUAUGUAAGUUUGAUAUGGAACUAAAAACUGUAAAUCUCUUUAUAUUGCACUAAUCUCCAUAUACACUCCCAACUACUAAUGUCCAAUAUUACCAUGUUUUUGUUUUACUUUAUAAUUUCCAGAUUUAGUAGAGGAUUUAAGAAAUGGUUGAAUUUUCUGCCAGAAAUAAUCAGCUUGAAAGGGCAUGUUAUCUUGUUGAAGAAUGCAUUUGAAUUGUUACAGGGCUUACACAUACUGUUGGAUCUGGGUUAUGCAGUGGGAAUGUCUUUCACCUUUGGUAUUCGGUUCACAUAUGGGCAGCGGGCUGUGAGUGGGCAUCAAGAUAACUACAGUUAUACCUGGCUCAACAGUUGUAUUUGGUCCCAGCUUUAUGUAGGCUUAUGCUGCAUUACUUGCUACAUUAUUCUGUUACAUUUUUUGUUAAGAGCAUUAAGAUGCUUAAGUGCAUGAAAAAUACAGGUUACAUUUUUUUCUGUUCUAUAUCUGCCCUAGCAAUCCAUGUAAAUAUUUUCCUAAUUAUACACAAAUGUUAAGAUCAUUCAUAUUCCUGGGGAAAAAGAAAGAAAUUGCUUGGAACAAUUAAUCUCCCAAAUUUAAAUCUUCAUUUAGUUAAAAACAUGUUUUGCUGUUAUAUGGAUGUCUUCCACAAAUGUUAUUUUAUCCUGCUACCAAGUUUGCAUUUACUGUUUGUAGCAAUUUAUUGGACAAAAUGUGACAAUAAAGCAAGCAUGCUCAAAAAAUAAAA